AUGUCUUUCACUCUGACGCGGUCGCUGACCGCAUUGCGGUCACGGCUACCCUGCACUUCGCUUCAACCAUUCCUACGAUCAACAUAUUCCACCACGACAAAUGAGCAACACAUCCAGAGAAAGCUUCCCCGGGUGGGACCGCAUCGAUUCAAAGAGUUUGAUCUUGCAGACCGCGUCUACGCCGUCACCGGUGGCGGCCGAGGCCUGGGGCUGGCCAUGGCCGAAGCGCUGAUGGAAGCCGGAGCCAAAGGUACAGAUAAUCCUCACUUUGGGAACAGACACCAUACACCUGAGCACUCCGUUAACCUCUCUCAAAAAUCAGUAUACUGCCUAGACCGCCUCGAGAAACCACACCCCGAAUUCGAAACCGCAAAAGGCCAAGCCGAAAAGGAAUACGGCGGCGCUUUGGAAUACCGACGCAUCGACGUGCGCAACGAACCCGAGGUCAACGACGUCUUCGCCGAAAUCGCCUCCCGCGAUAAGCGGCUGGACGGCCUCAUCGCCGCCGCAGGCAUCAACCACCUGCAGAGCGCCCUGGAACAUUCCCAGUCGGCCCUGAACGAAGUCAUGCAGAUCAACUACAACGGCGUCUUCAACUCCGCGACCGCAGCCGCGCGCCAGAUGUUCAAGUACCAGAGGAAAGGGUCCAUCCUGCUCGUUGCAAGCAUGAGCGGGCUCAUCGCCAACAAGGGCAUGACCUCGCCCGUGUACAACUCGUCCAAGGCGGCUGUGAUCCAGCUCGCGCGGUCCCUGGCGAUGGAGUGGGGAAGGCAGGGGAUCCGGGUUAAUAGUCUCUGCCCGGGACACGUCCUCACGCCGAUGGUCGAGCAGGUGUUUGAGCAGAAUCCGGCGGCCAAAGCUAUCUGGGAGGCGGAGAAUAUGCUCGGUCGGCUCGCGUGCCCGGAGGAGUUCAGGGGCGCGGCGCUCUUCGCGCUCAGUGAUGCCAGUAGCUUUAUGACAGGCAGCACGAUGAUCAUUGAUGGUGGUCAUACUGCGUGGUGA